CGGGGCCGCUAUAAAGGCAGUGCCGGGGCGGCAGCGAGGCGCGCCAUGGCCAACCUGUCGCAGUGCCUGGAGGAGGGCGCCGGGCGCUGGCCGCCGCGCCCGGCCGGGCUGGAGCUGGGGCUGUACAGCGAGGCGCAGCGGCUGGCGCUGGAGGAGCUGGUGGCGGGCGGCCCCGAGGCGCUGCGGGCCUUCCUGCGGCGGGAGCAGCUGCCGCCCUUCCUCUCGGAGCCCGAGGUGCAGGCCAUCGCGCGGGGCGCCGUGCCGCCCGCCGCGGCCGAGGAGGAGCCGCCGUCGCUCGGCGCCUCGCCGGCCGCCUCCUCGCUCACCUACUUCCCCGAGCGCUCGGACGUGGAGCCGCCGGCGCUGGAGCUGGGCUGGCCGGGCUUCGCCGGCGGCGCCUUCCGCGGGCUGACGCGGGUGGAGGCGCACUUCCAGCCGGGCUGCGGGGAGAGCGGCUGCGGCUGCAAGGAGGCGGUGCGGCGGCAGAUCCGCUCCGCGCGGCAGAUGAUUGCCUUGGUUAUGGAUUCCUUCACAGAUACCGAUAUUUUCGGAGACCUCUUGGAAGCUUGUAGCCAGCGGCAAGUUAAAGCAUAUAUCCUUCUAGAUCAGUCUUCAUUUUCCCACUUUCUGAAAAUGUGCAGAGAUCUGGGAGUUGACCUUGAACAGGAAAAGUCGAUGAGAAUUCGAAAUAUCACUGGGAACACAUACUACACAAGGUCAGGUGCUAAAAUUGUUGGAAAAGUCCGUGAAAAGUUCAUGUUAAUCGAUGGCAUUAGAGUGACAACAGGCUCCUACAGUUUUACAUGGACAGAUGGGAAGCUGAACAGCAGUAACAUUUUGAUCCUGUCAGGCCCUGCAGUUGCACACUUUGACCAGGAGUUUCGGAUUCUUUAUGCACGGUCAAAGCCUGUCAGCCUCAAAGAGUUUUCCAGCAGCAAGAAGAGUAAGGUGUUGGAUCAGCUGGUCAGGAUAACAGUGGCUUCCAGAGACUUAACCAGGGAAAACUUCCUGAGAAUGGAGUUUUUGUAUCUUAGAGCAUUUGUAGGAAAUCUAAAAAGGAAGCGAAACUGGCUGCAUGCCUCAAGGGAGGCAGUCUAUGUGUCAAAUAAUGCAAUGCAUGCUUCUCCGCCACUGACUAAGAGGAAUGGCUCUCAAGUUAUGAGACCACACUGGAUCGUAGAGAGAUGAAUUGCAAGUUCACUCACAGUGAGACGCAGAACCUCGAAACCAUGUCCCAUGGUCCACGUCUUACAUGACAUACUGUCUUACAGCAUGUGUGUGCGAGCAGCUGGGAAACCAACCUCAAACUGAGACAAAGGGACACUGGAGUCAUGGUUUCAGUUGAACACUUCUAUACUGCUGAGCAACAGAUACAGUUAUGGUAUUGUCUUAGGCUGAGAAGUGCUUUAAUACCAAAGACAACAGAAUUCCCAGCGCCUGGAAAGCCAUUAUUGACUUGCAGUGUUCUGUCAGUUUUUCAUUUUUCAACCUGUUCUUGAAUGGUUUAAGCUAAUGGGUUAGCAAUGUCUUGGCUCAGUGGCUCAAACUUUAUUUUCUAUACCCAUAUGCCUUAAAUAUGUAUAUAUUGCUUAAAGGGCUUCUCAGGAUGAGUAUCAGGACUGCUGUACAUUUCUGAAAUCACUCUAAGCUUGAUCUUGUGCUCCACAAACCGUUUCAUGACAGAACUGUAGUAGUCAUAAUCUAGAAAAUAGAUAAUUACCAGUCCUAGUUCUCAAAUGUUACGUCUUCUUCACAUGAAGCUGUGCAGCUGGCAGAACGAGUUAACACAUCAGGCCAUCACAGUUUUCUCAUAACUGAAUUUCAAAUUACCUUUUCUCUUUGGUAAUAAGAAUACUUGCUGACCAUCACAAAAAAUCUAUUUUUAAAUGCCUGCAAUCAAGGGGUCAUGUUACUAACAAUUUACUAAUAUUUGUAGCAAAGCCAAAUAAUACAGUUUUUUUUGGCAUUACAUACCUAUUUUGUGGUUGCAGGUUGCUGCCUGCUCUUAUGGGGAAAAGCUGAUUAGAUCUGAAAUCUGGAAAGAUGCUGCUACUUCUAAAAAAAACCUUACUUCCACCUGACAGGUAAUAAUGUGGAAGUCAGAAGCAUUUAAUUUUAAAAUUUCAUGUCAGCUCAAUUUUUUAAAAAUCCAUUGCUUUCUGGAGAAGAAAAAUAAAUGAAUAAAACACCCUCCCAAACUGUUGUACUUAGAUGCACUGACAUUCCACCAGCCUUCCAGUGCAGAAACUCCUGGUAACCCAACCAUGGUGCCAUGUCUCAAGAUGUUCUUGGGGCUCUGCUGCUGCAGAAAUCUUGGGUAUAUUCUUGCCUAAGUGGAUUCUUGUGGAUUCUGGGCCUCAAAGGGGAAUCUAUAAACUUAGCUAGGGAAUGUUGUAUGGGUCUAUGCUAAACGCCAGUAGGACAAUAUUACAUUGAACAUGCGAGUGUACAGAAAUGGUCUUUACUGACAAUGCAAUAAUGUACUGAUUAGGAUACAACUACUGUGUGUCCUACGCUAACAAACACGGAAAUGUAAUAGUUCUGACUCCUAAUUUGUAAAUGUUCAAUAGUUUAUAGGUUAAUAGUCUUAGGUUUUAUCCUGAUGUAAAAAAAAGUUUUAAAUAUAUAUUUUUAUUCUUAACUAUAUUUUCCGUAAAGGCAAAAUGAUAAUUUUGUACUCUAUGCAAAAUGUUGUUUGUGCAAUAUUACUUUCACAGCGAUGAUUGUCUGUAUAUCUGUUUUCUCAAAUACAACUUUUUAACUUUG